UAGUACUGUACAAUUCCAAUUCGAAUUCCAAUUACAAAAAAGCCAUGCGUGUUUGCGUUAAGUUGUUGUGAGUGAUGGACGUUUUGAUUCUUACAGAGCGAGCCCUCCUUCACAUGCUCCAUCUCGUUCUUCUUCCUCUGCCACUCCCUUCACACUCACAACAGACACAGCAGAGAAGAAAAUAAAGCAAAUCAGUAAAGUGGAAAAACAAACCCAACACACAAAAAAAAAAAGAAGCUCAUCACGCUCUUUCUAUGCUUUACCACACCACUCUCUUUCUUUCUCUCACUUUUGCUUUUCACCACUCCUUUCUCUUCUUCCCAUUUUCUCUCUGAACCCAAACCCAAACCCUUCCAUAACUCUUCAUUAUGCCUCUCAACUUUCUCUUCCUCAUCCUCCUCCUCCUCUCCCUCCAACCUCUCUCUUCGGCUUCCGCUCAUCGCAACCCCGAAGUGGAAGCUUUGAUGAGUAUAAAAGAUUCCCUCAAUGAUCCUCACGGUGCGUUAAGCAACUGGGACGAAUUCUCCGUAGACCCCUGCAGUUGGUCCAUGAUUACUUGCUCUUCUGAUUACUUCGUUAUUGGCCUCGGAGCUCCCAGUCAAUCACUCUCCGGAGUUUUGUCUUCCGCUAUCGGAAAUUUAACUAAUCUUAAACAAGUGUUACUGCAGAAUAACAAUAUCUCAGGCAAAAUACCACCGGAACUUGGAAAGCUUCCCAAGCUUCAGACUUUAGAUCUUUCGAGCAACAGUUUCUCUGGGUUCAUUCCACCUUCACUUAGUCAAUUGAAUAGUCUCAAGUACCUGAGGCUGAACAACAAUAGUUUGUCUGGGUCUUUUCCUGUUUCACUGGACAAAAUUUCACAACUUACUUUCUUGGACUUGUCUUAUAACAAUCUCAGUGGACCAUUGCCCAAGUUUCCAGCCAGGUCAUUUAAUAUUGUGGGAAACCCAUUAAUUUGUAUAAGCAAAUCUAUUGAAGGCUGCUCUGGAACAGUGACUCUUAUGCCUGUUCCUUUCUCUCAAGUAUCAUCACAAGGAAAACACAAGUCCAAGAAAUUGGCAAUUGCUCUUGGGGUCAGCUUUAGUUGUGUUUUCCUCUUAAUCUUGUGUUUGGGGCUCUUUUGGUAUAGAAAGAAAAGACAGCAUGGAGCUAUCUUGUAUAUUGGUGAUUAUAAAGAGGAGUCUGUUAGCUUAGGAAAUCUUAAAAGUUUCGGCUUCAGAGAGCUCCAACAUGCAACUGAUAGUUUCAGCUCAAAGAGUAUACUCGGUGCUGGAGGUUUUGGAAAUGUUUAUAGGGGGAAGCUUGGAGAUGGCACACUGGUGGCGGUGAAAAGACUGAAAGAUGUUAAUGGUAGUGCUGGGGAAUUACAGUUCCAAACAGAAUUGGAAAUGAUCAGCUUGGCAGUUCACCGUAAUUUACUUCGCUUAAUUGGAUAUUGUGCUACUCCUACUGAAAAACUUCUGGUUUACCCUUACAUGUCUAACGGAAGCGUGGCCUCCAGGCUUAGAGGAAAACCAGCUUUAGAUUGGAACACAAGAAAGAGAAUAGCAAUUGGAGCUGCAAGGGGCCUUCUGUACCUUCAUGAGCAAUGUGAUCCAAAGAUAAUACACAGAGAUGUAAAGGCUGCCAACGUGCUUCUGGAUGACGAUUACGAGGCUAUUGUUGGUGAUUUUGGCCUUGCAAAGCUCCUUGAUCAUGCUGAUUCCCAUGUCACCACUGCUGUCCGUGGCACUGUCGGGCACAUUGCGCCUGAGUACCUAUCCACUGGCCAAUCAUCUGAAAAAACUGAUGUGUUUGGAUUCGGCAUUCUCUUGUUAGAGCUUAUAACUGGAAUGACAGCUCUUGAGUUUGGGAAAACCUUGAAUCAGAAAGGUGCUAUGCUUGAGUGGGUGAGGAAAAUACAGCAAGAAAAAAAGGUGGAAGUGUUGGUGGACAAAGAACUAGGGAGCAACUAUGAUAGGAUAGAGGUUGGGGAGAUGCUUCAAGUAGCUCUACUCUGUACUCAAUAUUUGACAGCUCACCGUCCGAAAAUGUCCGAAGUGGUCCGAAUGCUCGAAGGAGAUGGACUUGCUGAAAAAUGGGCCUCAACACAUAAUUAUGGUAGCAACUGCUGGAGCCAUAGUCACAGCAACAACAGUAGCAGCAAUAGCUCUUGUCGCCCUACCUCUGCUUCAAAACACGAUGACAAUAUUCAUGAUCGUUCGAGCUUGUUUGGCAUGACAAUGGAUGAUGACGAUGACCAGUCUUUGGAUUCCUAUGCCAUGGAACUCUCUGGUCCUAGAUAAGUUACAAAAUAAAGAACAAUAGUUUUAGUGGGAGGGUACAAAAAAGGAGCAGAAGUUCUUUUGGCCAUAGGAAAUUUUAUUAUAUUUUGUUUGGUCCAUGAUAUAAUGUGUAUAUAUAUUCUCUAAAGUUGUACUUAUUAUAUGAUAGAAUGGUAGAAGGUAAACAUCACGAGAUUCCUUGCAAUUGAGUAAGAUGCAAGAAACAAAGUAUAUGGUUUUGACUGAAGAUGAACAUGGCAAUAGGCAUAUGAAAAUUUUCUUCUGUAAUUUGGUUGCAUUGAUGUUGAAACUAGUGAAAGGUAUGAGUGAAGGUCAAGGUCUAAGCUUUGAGGGUUCAACUGUUAAGGGUCAUUUUCGGUCUGAUAUUUUUGCAGGGUCACGCCUAUUCUUUUUCUUUAAUUGGUGCCUUUUUCUGUGUUCUUUUA